AAAUUCUCUUUUUUGAAGGCGGGCGCAGGGAACCAAGAGGAGAGAACCUAGCAAAAUGCAGAUCUUUGUCAAAACCCUAACUGGGAAAACAAUCACUCUCGAGGUCGAGAGCAGCGACACCAUCGACAAUGUCAAAGCCAAGAUCCAGGACAAAGAAGGCAUUCCACCGGAUCAGCAGCGUCUGAUCUUCGCCGGGAAGCAGCUCGAGGAUGGUCGGACUCUUGCUGAUUACAACAUCCAGAAAGAGUCGACGCUUCAUUUGGUGCUGAGGUUGAGGGGUGGCAUCAUCGAGCCCUCGUUGAUGGCUCUCGCGAGGAAGUACAAUCAGGAUAAAAUGAUCUGCAGAAAGUGCUAUGCUCGCUUGCAUCCAAGAGCUGUUAACUGCCGCAAGAAGAAAUGUGGCCACAGCAAUCAGCUAAGGCCAAAGAAGAAGAUCAAGUAAGCUCUGUUUGGUUCUCCUAUUAGUUGGUUGGACUCGAUAGGAUUCUUGCUAUCUAGUUUAUUAAAUGCUCUGUUCUAAGUUCAGCAGUUGGACCCGUGUCUUCACUUGUUUUAUUAUAUCUCGAGAAGAGAGUUUAUUGUGUUUUGUCAUGUACGGUGAAGUUUAUUUUUUUAAAGUGAUUUUGGUUUGGGACAACAUGGUUUACUUUCUUUGGUGGCUUCUUCUUUCCAGAAGUUAGCUACUCUUGAUAUUGGCAACUGAUAUUUCCCA